CUUCAGAGGGGGGCAUUAAGCUUGACCGGAGGGAGACAGAAAUAUGUGCAGGAUCCAAGGCUCGGCAUGGGAUUGUUGGACAAGAACUUUUUAAACACUGUGUGUAACCUAAAACCAUAGAGGGUUAGAAAUAACGUCCCGUCUGAGAUCAGCAUCCACAGUGACCCACAUCUGAAAGAGCUUCACCUUUGACAGCAAGGCUCAUACGCAGUAACAUGUCCUGUUUAAGCCAUGCUUCUCCUCCUGCAGACACGGACACCCAGCAGCCUAAAGUCGCAGAGGACUCCAGCACCAAACAAGGCGAUGUUAUUCCCGUUGAUGCAGAGCUGGCUAAAGCCAUCAUGUCUCGCCGUUUCCACCCGUCAGCCAUCGGUCCUGAGACGUGGGAGGGAUACAUCUUCUCUGAUCUGGAGAUACGGAUCAAAGAAUCCACAGACCUCUAUGGAGCUGUCCUCUGGCCCUCGGCAAUGGUGCUGUGCCACUUCCUGGAAACCAACCAGGACAAAUACAACUUGGAGCAUAAAAAUGUGAUUGAACUGGGAGCCGGAACUGGGCUUGUCACCAUUGUAUCCAGUCUGUUAGGUGCUAAAGUGACAUCCACGGACCUGCCAGAUGUUCUGGGUAAUCUCCAGUACAAUGUAACACGCAAUACAAAGGGCAGAUGCAAAUAUAUCCCUCUGGUCACCGAGCUCAUCUGGGGUCAGAAUGUGGCUGAACGUUUCCCGCGUGCAACACAUUGUUUUGACUACAUUCUGGCAGCUGACGUGGUUUACGCGCACCCUUACCUGGAUGAGCUCAUGGACACGUUCGACUACCUUUGUCAAGACAGCACUCAGAUACUUUGGGCCAUGCGUUUCAGGCUGGACCCUGAGAACAGCUUUGUGGAUCGCUUCCAGCAGCGGUUCAACCUCGAGGAGCUGUAUGACCUGCCGAGUCUUAGCAUUAAACUGUACCGAGCCUGGAGGAAGAUCAAGAGGACCAAAGAGGCUGCUGCAUGAGCUGAAGAACAGAGGAUGGCUACCAUAAAUCUGUGCCAACUCAAACUCUCAUUAAGAGUCAUCUAAAGCAUGGUUUUGGGCUUUAACCUAGUUGUCCUCUUCCCAUAAAAUUCCGCUCUGAUUCAUUGUUUACAAUGCUCUCAACAAACAGCUAUCCUAUGGUAGAAAUGAAACGAACUUGUCCAGCUGGUUGGUUUGUUAGACUUAAAAAAAAACUUUUUUAAAGUUUAGACAUUCUUAAUUCAAUUAAAUUCUACAAUGUUGUAUGUUGCCGUGUGUAUUUUUUAUGGAUUCAUCCUAAUGUGUUUUUUAUCUUUAAAAAUAAGCCUCAGUGAGCGUUGAGUUUCUGUCUUGGCAAAUCCUUUGCAUUGAAACGAGAUUUUUUUUUUUACCAAAUUGUUUUGACCGAUAAUCUUGCUAAUUAAUUCAAGGUGACCUUGCAUACCUGACUGCUUAAGAUCAAACUAACGACUCGCAGGACCAUCCAUCCCUCUCUUUAUGCAAUUACAGCACUUUUUCCAGGUUUUUAAUUAAGAGCAGUCACAGACCAUCAAACUACCACCACAGUUUGUUCUUUUUGUUUUGUUUUUUAAAUAUUGAGCAGAUUCUGAAAGAGUUGAAGUAAAUAAAUGAAGAAAG